UUAGAAGAAAAUUUCAAAUGGCAUUUAGAGGCUUUUGCAUCUGAACUCUUCAUUUAGAUAUUUUCAAUAUAGAUUUCUAACCAUCUAUCUAAAAGCGUGGAAAUUAAACCUUAAUUUUAAUGAAAAUAGACCAUUAAUUAAAGCUUUACAGACAGAAAGAUAUAUGCAUAUAAAGUUUCAGAAAACUGAGCUCGUUAUUGAACAUUUUGUUUUGUUUAUUUACUAAACCUGGAUAUCUGUAGAAAGCAUUGCGGAAAGUUUAUAGGCUACUUCUGUGGAAAUUUGCUUCCCAAAAAUAGCCAGCCUGUGUGAUCAAGUUUUUAAUGUUGUUUAUAUGUCUAUGCGGUGUUUUUAAUAUGCUUUAAGACAAACCAGGUAGGCUACAAAUGCAUAAGUCAACAAGAGAUGGGGUUUUUAAACCUCAGUCAAUAGGAUAUGAGUCAACUUGUCAGAUAGGCCUAAAAAAUACCCCACUUUAACAAUAUGGAUCGUAUUGUGUUUUGCACGUUUCAUUUGAUUAUGACUCUUUUAGCUCCUCAACAAUACCACUAUCUGGCCAACAGAGGACGACGUGAAUCUGUAUUUGGUCAAAGUGAAGCAACAUCGACACGUGCAAAACUGCAACCUUUUUGACUCUUCAGAACGCGCGCAGGUUAGACAUGUGUCGUCCUUUUCCUAGUUUUUUUUUUUUUUUAAUCAAUAAAACUGAAUUUAUUGUUUAUGGCUGUUCACUUUAUUUGUUAGGCUCUUUGUAUCCACUUAAUUGACACUUUCAUUUUACAGGUUUUAUUUCAGCAAACGUUGCAAGCCUAUGCAGGAAUAGUGCGUGUAAUAAUAUGUGUGUGGGUGGACUGUAAUCUGACUCCUCUUCUGCUGUAUUUAUUACCGCACAUCGUUCGAUACAAGCACAGAGAAACGUCAGCACGCUCCACCUCACAGCGUUCAGUUUAUCAGAGAGAUUCAAAUGACAUGUUAAAUGACAAGAGGAUACACCUCAGCUCUAAUUCUCUCUCUUUCAUACCUCUGCCUUACCAAAUGACGAACAACAAUCCUAAAAAGGGAAUUUUGAGCAAUAUCACUUGAACUAGGAUACUUAUUUUAUAUUCUAUCUUGACCUAAAAGCACAAAAAGUGCCCACAAGGAUGAGAGGCGUCUUUACGGUGUGCUGUUUGAGUUUUCUUCUGGGGCUUCUGGCUAUGGUUAGGAGUGAUGAAGACUACACUGAGGACGAAGAGAUGAUCCUGUCUCUAAUUCUGCAGGAUGACUCCCAGCCUGAAGCAGAGAGCAGGCCAUCUGCCCAGUUUUACAGGUGCACUAAGGAUGCAUGGCGCAUGCCAGGUCAGUAUAUAGUGGUAAUGCGGAACGGAACGCACGUGAACCAGGUGGAGCGCACCGUGCGCAGGCUCCGUGCACAAGCCGCAAAACGUGGAUACCUGAUCGAAAUACUGCAGACUUAUUCUGGAGCCUUCCACGGGUUUCUGGUGAAAAUGAGCAGCGAUGUUCUUCACAUGGCAGUAAAGCUUCCCCAUGUGGAAUACAUUGAAGAGGAUUCCUCCAUCUUUGCCCAGAGCAUCCCAUGGAACCUGCAGCGCAUCCUUCAAAACAAACAUGAGCCUGGAAAAUACUCACCACUCAAUGACGGCUCAAAGGUGGGAGUGUAUCUCUUAGACACAAGCGUUCAGGUGACUCAUCGUGAGAUUGAGGACAGGGUGAUGGUGACGGACUUCAACAGUGUGCCAGAGGAGGACGGGGUCAGAGUUCACAGACAGGCUAGUCAGUGUGAUGGUCACGGCACACACAUAGCAGGAGUGGUCAGUGGACGGGACUCGGGUGUCGCUCGAGGUGCCAGUGUAAAUAGUGUCCGAGUAUUGAAUUGCCAAGGCAAGGGUACUGUGUCAGGAGCUUUGGCAGGUCUGGAGUAUAUCCAGUCAUCUCUGAUGUCUCAGCCUCUCUCACCUGUGAUCCUCCUGCUGCCAUUUGUUGGGGGAUUCAGUCGCACCCUCAACGCUGUCUGCAGGAAAAUGGUGGAAUCUGGCGCAGUGCUCAUUUCUGCAGCCGGGAACUAUAACGAUGAUGCUUGUCUGUACUCACCAGCCUCAGAACCUGAGGUGAUAACAGUAGGGGCCGUUAAUUUUGCUGACCAGCCGUUGAUCACUGGGAAGACCGGCACCAACGUGGGCCGCUGCGUGGAUGUGUUCGCACCCGGUGAUGACAUCAUCAGCGCAUCCAGUGACUGCUCUACCUGCUUCACUACGAAGAGCGGAACGUCACAGGCAGCGGCACAUGUUGCUGGUGUAGCGGCGGUACUUCUGAAUCUGAGUCCAAACUCCAGCUCUGCUGAGCUUCUGCAACAGAUCCUCUAUCAUUCAGUCAAACAGGUCAUGAACCCAGAGUCUCUGCCACAGGACCACCGUCUCACUACACCCAACAUGGUAGUCGCCCUGCCUGACCCGACCUCCACACUCACAGGAGAGGAUCUGCUCUGUAGAUCGGUUUGGUCCGAGAGGUCGGGCGCUUCAGGUUUCGCCACAACUGUGGCCCGCUGUCGCCACGGUGAAGAGAUGCUGAGCUGCUCCAGUUUCUCACAUAACGGAGGAAGAGCUGGAGAAAGAGUGGAGGUGAGAGAUGGGCAGAAAGAGUGUGUUGCUGUCAAUGGGAAUGGAGGGCAAGGUGUGUUCGCUGUAGCGCGCUGUUGUACGGGCCAUAAAGCUCAGUGCCAGACGAUAGAGAGUCCCGGGAGAGGCGCGGAUGCAGAAUGUCCCCCAGAACACCAGCUGACAGGCUGCAGUUCGUCCUCUUCAUCUGGAGAGGUAUCAGACUCUGAUCGACCUCUACAUGGCAGCCGCAGGGCAUGUCCUGCUAAAAGGGGUGUAACGUCAUAUGCCUCCUGCUGCCACGCGUCCUCUCUGGAAUGUCAUCUGAAAGAACACGAACCCACGGCUGUAAGAGAGCAGGUGGAAGUUUCAUGCGAGGAGUCCUGGACACUAACAGGCUGUCAGGCUCUUUCUCGUGGUUCCGUCGCUCAUGGGGCAUUUGCUUUGGAAAACACCUGUGUAGUUCGUUCAUCUGGAGGAGAUAAAGGAGCUGCCGCCAUCGCCACCUGCUGCAGGCACCGCCCGUCCCACCAGCCCCACGACCACUGAAGAGGGGGAUGGGUGUUCCUUUUCCCUCCCUUCUCUAAACAACGUAACCAAGGACAUAACUGCUAUAACACAGAAUAGUUGGAGGUGUGACACAAGCCAGUUCAAUUCCGCCACUACAGAAUAUCACACAAUGGAGAAGAGCAUUGAAACUGGUUCUGGUGUUACCAUAACCAAUGUAGACACCCUAAACAAAUAGGCUUUUAAACGGCAAAACACAUUUUAAAUAGGGAUGCAUUGAUAAAUUCUUACCAAUACUUAUGUUAUGGCCUAAAGAUUACAUUUAACAUUGUUAUUACAAUAUUCGAUUUUAAAGAUCGACUUUAAGUGAGCCUUGGAUGGCAAAGAUAAUCUAAAUGUAAAAACAGAGACCAUCAUGUACAAUGACAUAUAAAAUAUUGGCCGAUUAAAAAAAAAAAUGGACCAAUACUGAUUAACAAACCUCCAAUAUUAGUAACUGAUAAUAAUAUUGAUAACACUGUAUUUAGUCAGCACUUUUCAUUUUGAUAUUUACACAUUCUGAAUUGAACAAGAUCUAUUUGUACUAUAUUUUGGAGAGCAUUGUCUACUAUUAUGCAUGUGCACUGUUUAUAAGAGUAGAACUCUUUUUUUUAUAAAUCUAUAUUUUUACAUUACAAGUUUUAUACAAACUUUAUAUGAGUAAUGUCCUAAAAUCAACUUCAGACUUGACACGUACAAAUGUCACACAAUCUGUGAAAAGUUAUGCAUUCCAGUUUUUCCUUUUUUAUAUCAAACGUUUUCAUUGUCAAACUCUGAUGUACAAAUUAAAAUGUGGUUUUAACAUGCAUUAACAGAUUCCUUUACACAUCUUACACACUCGUAGCAGAAAUGAAUCAAAGAAUCCCCGGUUAUUAAAAACUCUUCAAGCGUCUUCAACCCUGUCCUGACACCCAACUUCAAAUUGGAAGCCUUGUCACAGAUCUGCUGAUUGUUUGGUACAGCAUCUACAGGUGUAG